AACGAAAUAUCCAAAAAAAAUCAAAACCAAUUGUAACGGUGAGCAUGGCGCAAGAUAGCAACAAGAGAACGAAACCAAAUAUACUGAUAACGGGAACUCCCGGAACAGGAAAAACGACGACGUCUUCUGCUCUAGCGGAAGCCACUCAGUUUCUCCACAUAAAUAUCGGGGAUUUGGUCAAAGAGAAGAACUUGCACGACGGCUGGGACGAUCAGUUGGAUUGCCACGUCAUCAAUGAGGAUCUGGUAUGUGAUGAGCUUGAAGACAUAAUGGAAGAAGGUGGAAAUAUAGUUGAUUAUCAUGGUUGUGAUUUCUUUCCGGAGCGAUGGUUUGAUUAUGUUGUAGUGCUUCAAACUGAUAAUCCCAUCUUGUACGAUCGGUUAAGCAAGAGGGGGUACUCGGAAAACAAGAUUACAAACAAUAUUGAAUGUGAAAUUUUCCAAAUUUUGUUGGAGGAGGCUAAAGAAAGUUACAAAGAAGAUAUUGUUGUGGCAUUACGGAGUGAUUCGGUCGAGGAUAUAAGUAGAAAUGUUGCUACUUUGACAAACUGGGCGAGGAGCUGGCAACCUGUCGUAUUAUAAUUUGACAAAACACCGGGACUGGUAGUCCUGUUUCUGCGUGUUCCUUUUCCAGGUGAAUUAGCUGUUCUGGUUGUUAGAUUUUAUUUGAGAAGGUUUUUGUUGCAUCCAAUUUGCUUGUGUGACCUCAUGAGUCAUGACUUGGUAGCUGUUGGUAGUUAGUUGAAUUCUGGUUUUGAAUAUGGUUUUACAAUGUAUUUAGACUACGAAAAAGCUCGAGUCGAGCUUUCUCCGAGCCAAAUAUUGAGCUGCUCGGUUUGUUUACAACCCCAGUUUUGAUAUCUUUCAAGUCUUGUGGCCAUUGCUUCUGCCAUUAGUUUGGUAUUCAAUGGAUUACAAAGAUACUAUUUGUUAUAAUCGAAGCAUUUUUUUAGUA